CAUAUUUUGGACCGCUAUAUUCAACAGACAGAAACAUGUGGGGUCCUUUUCCUCCAUAGGUCUACACAACGUGAGGACCAUGCCGAAGUCAAAGAGAGACAAGAAAGUUUCACUAACAAAAACAGCCAAGAAGGGUCUGGAAACUAAACAGAACUUAAUAGAAGAGUUGCGGAAAUGUGUGGACAUUUACAAGCAUCUGUUCAUCUUCUCUGUGGCAAACAUGAGGAACAACAAACUGAAAGACAUCAGGACAGCCUGGAAACACAGUCGAUUCUUUUUUGGCAAAAACAAGGUCAUGAUGAUCGCUAUAGGUAAAGGACCAACAAGCGAGUACAAAGACAAUUUGCACAAGGUCAGCCGGUUUCUGAGGGGAGAAGUGGGUGUGUUAUUCACAAAUAAAACCAAGGAAGAGGUACAAGAGCAUUUCAGCCAGUUCAAAGAGAUGGAUUUUGCACGAGCGGGAAACAAGGCAGGGAUGGCCGUAACACUUGAUGAAGGACCCCUGGAACAGUUCCCUCACUCCAUGGAGCCACAGCUGAGACAGUUGGGACUCCCCACAGCACUCAAGAAAGGAGUGGUGACACUACUGAAAGACCAUGACGUGUGCAAAGAGGGAGACACACUAACCCCUGAACAGGCCCGUAUUCUGAAACUCUUUGGGAUUGAGAUGGCAGAAUUCAGAGUGCAGAUCAAGUGCAUGUGGAACUCUGAAACGAGCGACUUUGAGAAGCUGGCUGAGGAAGAAGAGGAAGAGGCCAUGCAGGAUAAUGACACAGAGGAGGAAGAAGGGGGUGGGAAAUGAAUCUGGAUAGACUAAUGGACUUCUCAGACCGUAGGAUUUUAAUACUGUGUGACCUGUAUGUGUUAAUGUCUCAACCUUCAAGUGUUUCCUUUUGCCUAUGAAAUGCUAGAUUUCUGGUAUGUUACCCAUUGAAUCUUGUGAACAUACAUUUUGUGCUUUAUACAUCUUUUGUCGUCCACUCAAAUACAACAGUACAAACUAAAA